AUGGCAGGGCACGGCGCCAGCCUGCUCCUGCUGCUCGGGAUGCUGCCAGCUCUCCUGGUGGCCGUCAGGAUCAACGGCAAGGGCCGGGAGGUUCUGUACCUGGCCAAGGGCGACUCGGUCAAGCUGGGCUGUCCCUACGUCCUGGAGCCCGAGGACAACGGUCCCCAGGGCGUGGGGAUCGAGUGGAUCCAGAUCAGCCCCGAGAGACCCAGCCCCGAGAACGUGGCAGGCCCAGAGCUGAGCCUAACCCUAACCCAAACGGACCCGAGCCAGCGCGACGCCUCCAUCCGCGUGGCCGACCUGCAGGAGAGCGACACCGGCACCUACCAGUGCCGCGUCAAGAAGAACACGGUGGCCGUGCACGAGGUCAUUGUCACCGUGCAAGAGAAGCCGGCGGCCCCGCAGUGCUGGAGCGAGGGGGAUGUGACCGAGGGGGGGUCGGUGCUGCUGCGCUGCUUCAGCCGGGGGGGCACGGCCCCCCUCAGCUACCAGUGGGCAAAGCUGGCCGAGGGCUACGGGGGGGGGCGCCUGCCCUCGGGCACCCUGCAAGGCCGUGCCCCCGGUGACCUCCUGAUCCGCAGCCUGACGGGUGCCCACGCUGGCACCUACCAGUGCCGUGUCACCAACCGCGUGGGCUACUCCGUGUGCCAGCUGAACCUGAGCCCCGGGCCCCGUCUUGUCCCCGGGGCAGGCGGGCGCCAGGCUGGCAUCAUCGUGGGCUCCAUCCUGGGCUCCCUCCUCCUCCUCAGCCUGCUGGGGCUGCUCAUCUGGGCACUGAUCGCCCGCUACCAGCGCAAGGAGUGCCAGCGUGCCUGCAGCGACUGCCGGAGCAGCACGGGUGGCACCAUGCCCCGGCCCUGCGCCGCCUGUGCCCACCACUCGUACUCGCCGCACGGCAUCAGCUACAUGCAGUGCCAGCACGGCGACAGCGACGAGCGCGCGGCCGCGCUGCUCUGCAACGACGGCAUGCGCCACCAGGUCACCUGCCCCGCGCUGUGACACCGCGGCGACACCGCGGCGACAGCGACACGGACGGCGGCGGCGGCGGAGAGAGCCGGUCCGGCGAAGGGACGGCUGGAGCGGCUCCCGAAGCCCGGAAGAAAAGCCAAAAAAGCUUCAAAAUCGUACAAAAUUCACAGAAUUCCCCCCGAAAUUCCAUAAAAUCCUUGAAAUUCCCCGAAAUUUCCUUUCCUGGAGCUCCCUCGCGGGGACACCGCGGGGACAGCGACAGUGACAGCAAGAGCCGGCCCGACAAAGGGACGGCAGGAGCGGCUCGCGCUCCUCAAAAAACCCUAAAACCGUUCAAAAUCCUAUAAAAUCACACAGAAUUCCCCCCGAAAUUCCAUAAAAUCCUUGAAAUUCCCCGAAAUUUCCUUUCCUGGAGCUCCCUCGCGGGGACUGCGACAGUGACAGGGACAGCGAGAGCCGGUCCGACAAAGUGACGGCAGGAGCGGCUCCCGAAGCCCAAAAAAGCCAAAAAAGCUUCAAAAUCCCACAGAUUUCCCCCCGAAAUUCCAUAAAAUCCUUGAAAUUCCCCAAAAUUUCCUUUCCUGGAGCUCCCUCGCGGGGCCACCGCGGGGACAGCGACAGUGACAGUGACAGUGAGUGCCGGUCCGACAAAGUGACGGCAGGAGCGGCUCCAGAAGCCCCAAAAAACCUUAAAACCGCUCAAAAUCCUACAGAAUUCCCCCCGAAAUUCCAUAAAAUCCUUGAAAUUCCCCAAAAUUUCCUUUCCUGGAGCUCCCUCGCGGGGCGACAGUGACAGUGAGAGCCGGUCCGACAAAGCGACGGCAGGAGCGGCUCGCUCUCCUCAAAAAACCCUAAAACCGCCCAAAAUCCUAUAAAAUCACACAGAAUUCCCCCCAAAAAUCCCAUAAAAUCCUUGAAAUUCCCCCAAAAAUUCCUUGCCCGGAGCUGCCUCGCGGGGCCACCGCGGCGACAGCGACAGCGACAGUGACAAUGAGAGCCAGCCCGACACAGUGACGGCAGGAGCGGCUCCCGGAGCCCCAAAAACCCCAAAAUGCCCCAAAAUGCCCCAAAUCCCCGCUCCGCUCUCCCCCGGUUUUGUUGCUUUAUUUUGGAGUUUGGCCCCUUUUUUUACGCCCCCCACCCAAAUCCCAGUUUCCC